UCUCCAUCCAUUCAUGUCUUGAGUCUUUCUUUUAGGCGCCUCAUCGGUACCAUUGCCAAACAAAUCACCUUUCAAGACUAGGAGUGAACUUUUUUUUUGGUCAACAGACUGAGUCUUGUUUCUAGCUUCUGGUCAUCUUUUCAUUGAUACAAAAUAGCAACAAUUUCAUAUCUUAGCAAAAUAGCAAAAUAGUAUCCUCCUGAAGACUCAUCCUCAACAAUCAAAAGACACAAGGUCAAAAACAUCACUGAGUAAAAAUAGUCAAAGUAAACAUUUUUUUUUUAUGGUCCUUUACCUAAAUAAAUAUAUAGAAACUUGUUUUAAAAAAACCACCGACACCAUAAUUUGAGUGCAAGAGUCCAUCAGAGUCUUCAAAUCCCAAAUCUCAUUACUCUGCAACAGCCUAAAUCCCAGCUCAAAUUUGGAAAAACCCAGAUAGAUCAGAUCUCUCUGCUAUGGCGAAGCACACGGCGGCGUUGAAAGUGGGACUGGCUUUACUGGCGCUAUGCAUGAUUGGUUACAUACUUGGUCCGCCGCUCUACUGGCACCUCACUGAAGCUUUGGCUGUUUCAGCCACUUCUUGCUCUGCUUGCGUCUGUGAUUGCUCUUCGCUUCCUCUUCUCACCAUCCCCACUGAUUGUGCAAAGCGUGAUCCAGAGGUGAACGAAGACACAGAGAAGAACUAUGCCGAACUUUUAACAGAGGAACUGAAGCAACGUGAAGCAGCAUCGAUGGAGAAACACAAACGAGUAGACACAGGUCUGCUAGAGGCCAAGAAGGUUACAUCAUCUUACCAAAAGGAGGCAGAUAAGUGUAACUCAGGUAUGGAGACUUGUGAAGAAGCAAGAGAGAAGUCCGAAAAAGCACUUGUGGAGCAGAAGAAGCUGACUUCAACGUGGGAACAAAGAGCUCGUCAGAAAGGAUACAAAGAUGGAGCCAAGUCGACUGUUAAAUCCAAAAGCAGCGUUCAGGUUUCUUAAGGAUGAACCCAAGCUUUUGUUUUCUUAUCACACGAAAGAGAGUAUGAGGUUCAUUGCAACUGUGAAUUUGAUUUAUACUAUUGUAUUUUAGUUCUCUGAUGGAGAUAAAUCAUUCAGAUGGAAUUGAAACAUUGUACCGAAACAACAAAGGAUUAAUGGAUUUUGAACAAAGUUACUACA